ACGUCGUAGGGUACGGCGUACGCUCUGCGUUGGUGUAACGCAGAACCAUAAAUCAGCCUUGAGUCCUGUGCAGCUUUGCAGCCAGGAAUCGAAACUUAGCAGGAGUUGGUGGAUAGCUGCCCCGCGGGGGGGUUGUUUCGUUUCCCUUCCUCCUCUGAACCGUUCCUCCGCGUUUCCUCGACUCCUCGGUGCGUUUCUCCGCCUGUUUAUGCGGCGGCGCCGCCACGACUCGCCUUUAGACUGGGGUUCGGUUCAAUGAACUUCCUGAUCUCUGCUCCGGGUAGGUGCGCCUCUCCGGAGCUGGCCCGGCCAACCCCCGACUAGUUCCUGCAGGACGACACGCUUGUUUCGGGAGUCCGUCUUCAUAACAGUGACCACGUGGAUAGGAAGACCCCGUGCAGCUGGAUGUGACGGAUGCGACUGUUUCUCCCCAUGCUCUUCCGAGUAAAGUGGACGUAAAUCAGCUGCGUUUACGUUUUUUGUUCACAAUCGCACUUGUUUUGUUUUUUUCCCCCUAAACUCCCGUUAACAAGCAUGGACUCUGCCCGAGAGAAGCGCAAGGAGGAGAUAAGCAAGGCUCUGGCGUUUAUACAGUCUCCUCUGGCUUAUCCAGACCCAGAGGGCUACCAGGACUACCUGACCAAUCUGGUGUGCAACCUGCUAGAGGAGGGCAAUGCCUUGUUCCGGGGUGAACAGUGGGAGCAGGCCGUCAGAGAGUUCAGCGAGGGCUUGAAUGUUUCAUCCUACGCCGAAGGAGAGGACAUGCAGAUCCCUGAAGCUUUGCGUGAGAGUCUGUACGUCAACCGAGCUGCUGCCUACCACAGCAUGGGGAGGUUUGAUGAGUGUGUUGAGGACUGCAACCGCGCCCUGGAGGUGUGUAAGGACAGCCGCAGAGCUCUCUACAGGAAGGCUCUGUGUCUGAAGGAACUGGGGAAGCACAAGGAGGCCUACAGCUUCAUCUCCAGGUGUCUCCUCAUUUCCCCCCAGGACAAACAGGUGAAGGAGCUCGCGCAGGAGCUGUCGGUCCUCUUGGGGCUGAAAACUCGAAAACCCUACGUCAGCGCAAAGGUCACUAGUAAUAGUUUAGGAAGUGGCGUGAAUCCUCCGGGUGCCGUCGCCCCAGUCAGCCCAGCCAGUGUGCCCCAGACCCGUGUGAGCUCGCCCCCUCCCAUCGCCAGCCCCCCCGCCGCCCCGGCCAUGCCGGCCAGAGCGGAGGCUGUGGAGGAUUGUGAGGUGAUCGGAGAUGACCUGGACAGUCUGCUGGACUCCUUUCCAGCAGAACAAGGUCCAAGUGAGGGAGCGUUCUCAGUCUCCAGAACCUCCACUUCCAGUCACGCCGCCCCCUCCGGCCUACCCGCCCCGACUCCCCAGCUCCCCCCGGCCUUUUUCAGCUCAGCCAUCAGCCAGCUCAACUCCCUGGACUCCUUCACGAGCGGCGGGCACACCGCCUCCACCGCUACCCUGGACAAGCUGGACGAGCUCUCCACCUCUGGAGCUGGAAACGGUGCCGGCGCAAAGGGGCUGGAUACCCUGGACGGACUCGAUAUCCUGGACGGACUCGAUAUCCUGGAUGGACUCGACUCUCUCGAUGACAUUUUGCCAAAAGCUGCUGUAUCCGAAAAGGUCAAGGAGCUUAAAACGGAGAUGUAUGCAGAAACGAGGCCUCCUGGGGAACUGCUGGAUGAAAUGGACACCCUGGAAAGUUGCGAUCCGAGUGGUCAGAGUGGCGAUCUUCCUAAAAUUAGCUCCAAUGGCUUGGACCAGCUUGACUCUCUUGAUACGUUGGACACGUUCCCCACAGCGAAUGUUGUUGGGGUGAAGAGGCCACCAGCUGCAGGGAGGGGGACGAGCCUGGACACGCUCUCUGAUUUCAGCUCAAAUGGUUUCCCAGACUCUUACGCCGCUGCGGCCCCAGUCAUACGGUCUCCGAAGCAUCACUACAACGAAGAGGCGAGCCAGGGACCUGUUUCCAUCUCCCACCCCCUCUCUGCCACCCAUGAGUUCCUGCAGGCCUGCUCCUCCUGUUUCCCCAAGGAAGGUGUGGGGAUUUACUCUUUCGUUCACAAGCCCGACCUGGUCCACAACUGCACCCGGGACAUUCUGUUGUGCAGACGGAAGGCGGGCUUCCCUUCGGAGUGGACCAGGGUUCGACCUCGUCCUAACUGGACGUCCUUCUUUGGACCGUUUGUACUCUGCAGAGAGCUGAUGAACUCUGGGGAUUUGGGCAUGUGCAAGUUCGGGGAGAAGUGCACGUUUGCCUACAACCAGCUGGAGAUUGACGUGUGGACAGAGGAGAGGAAGGGGACUCUGGACAGACACCUGCUGUUCGACACACCGGUUGUCAGUCAAGACCCUGUAAACGGCAUCAUACGCCUGCUGCAGGAAAACAGGGGCGAGUACGUCUUCCUCUGUCAGAGGUGCUAUGACGGGAAACCUAGAAUAAUCAGUAAGCGCUCCAGUGGUAAUCCCGCCAUCUGCUCUAACUCGGACGCUCCUCACAACUUUGACGCUAAUAAGUGCUUGGCGUUUGUGGUGAGGACCCACAAUGUCAACUACAGUAAAGUUCGUCCUCUCAGCGUCACGUGCCACCUGGAUUUGUGCCGGCAAGCCGUCCGGUACGGCUGCCCGAGGGAGGACCAGUGUGGGUACGCCCACUCGGUCAUAGAGCUCAAGACCUGGAGGGUGCAGCGGCACACAGGCAUCAGCCGUGAUGAGAUUGUCAAAGUCUCCCUGAGGUAUCAUGACAAGUUGGAGCAAAGUUCAAGCAAAGAUAGGAUGAACAGACAGCUGCCUCCCGGGAGGACUGUAGUCAGAGGAGCAGCUGGAGGAGGAGCGGGAGCGGGAGGAGGCGCCGGCGCCGGGAAAAGUCUUAAUAUGAAGAUGAAGUUUGUGUGCGCUCAGUGCUUGCGGGACGGCCUGAUCAGUGAACCGGACAAAGCCCUCAAGUACUGCACAGCCAAAGCCAGACACACGUGGACCAGAGAGAGGCGUGUUCUGCUGGUCAAGUGCCCAGAGAGAAGUAAAUGGGUUCAAGUCCGACCGCUGCCACACGCCAAGAACUUCCCUGUGCAGUAUGAUAUGUGUGCUCAGAUUCUGGAGAAGAGGAAAUGUAACUACACUGGGAACUGCACGUUUGCCCACAGCCAAGAGGAGAGGGAGAUGUGGAUGUAUAUGAAGAAUAACGACCUGCGGGAAAUGCAGCAGAUAUACGACAUGUGGCUGGCGCUGGCCGCUCACAACCGCCAAGAAGACGGAGCUGUGCUCGCUCAGCCGAGCCCGGAGGAGAAAUUCAUCGUCAUGCCGACGGACUAUGCCGAACAGAUGAGUGGCUUCUACUGCCGUCUGUGUGGUAAACACAGCAACAGUGAGCGACAGUGGCAGCAGCACAUUUCUACUGAGAAGCACAAGGAUAAAGUGUUCAGCUGUGAGGGAGAAGACGAGGCUUUGACGUGGAGCUACCGUUUCCCCGGGGCGCGCUUUGAACUCUGCCCCAAGCUUGAUGGCCCCUGUGCUGACGGUGUGAGCUGUGACUACGCCCACGGCCUGGAGGAGCUGCACGAAUGGACCGAGAGAAGGGAUUUCCUGCGACAAAAGCUUGCCAAAGCCCGGGAAGACAUGCUCAUCAUGCCCGAUGAAGUUGACUUCGGGAAAUACAACUUUUUACUUCAGGACUGAUUUAGAAAUGUCUUUUAUGAACCAUUUUGUCCUAACUGCCAAACUAGCACUCAGAUGCAUUGUGGCUCUUUGAAUAAAAACCAAAGAUCUUCAGGUGAAGUGAAUCAGGAUGUACAGUUUAACAGAAGAACACUUGCUGCCUGAAGUGCAUGUAUUUGCCUUCUCAAAAGCCUUAUACACUAUCAGUAUAUGGAUUUGUGCCUGUAGCACUGGUCUGUUCAGUCUAGUCAUUGGUGUAAACUACAAAUUACUAUGAUGGUCAUGAGUCCCAUUACUUUUCAUUACUAAAGAUUAAUACAGAAUUAGUUUUCAACAGUAUGAGCUGGCUUUUCUGUACUUUUUCUUUUCUUUCUUCCUGUGCUUGAUUCAGUUCAGCAGCGAUUAGUGUUUUCCUCUCCGUUCACCAACAGGAAGAGGGCGUUCGGUACUGAAUGUGCUCUAAAAUACCAGAAAUGCUUUCAUGUUUCAAGUACAGCUUGUACCCGUGCAAACCCAUCAUCCACAUUUGCAUAGCCUUAUUUUGGGUUCACCGUGUUGUUAACUAUCAGAAAAGGGUGUCGUCAGAGUACCACGUUUGUUGUGACAGAAAUUAUUUAGCUACAUGUUAAAUCUAAGCCAAGGAAAUAACGAGAGCAAAGUGAAAUGUUUUCCAUUCCUGCUUGCCGGAACAGAUCUGUCUUUUGUAGUAUUUUUAUUUUUUCAUGAUUCCUGUAAUAAAUAUUUUAAUGAGAUUA